CACGUUCACGUCGUGCGUCCGUAUCGUUUCCGCUGUUUCGCGAUUCCGAGAAAACUUCCCGAAAAAACUUACCCAAAAUGGCUUUCGGUGAUGUUAAGACUGCCAAUGGACUGAAGGAAUUGGACAAAUUCCUCGCAGACAACAGCUACGUCGAGGGUUACACGCCAUCGAAGGCCGAUUUAUCGGUGUUCGAUGCCCUGGGCAAGGCACCGGCUGGCACGUAUGUGCAUGCCCUGCGCUGGUAUAACCAUAUCGCUUCGUUCAACGCCAAGGAACGCUCGGCAUGGGGUGGCCAGGCUCUACCGCAGGUCGCCGGAGGUAAACCGACGGCGGCAGCUCCUGCCGGCGGAAACGAUGAUGACGAUGACGUGGAUCUGUUCGGAUCGGAGGAUGAGGAGGAGAGCGCCGAGGCUGCCAAGCUGAAGGAGGAGCGUCUGGCCGCGUACAACGCCAAGAAGUCAAAGAAACCCGCCUUGAUCGCCAAGAGUUCCAUCCUGCUGGAUGUGAAGCCGUGGGACGAUGAAACUGACAUGAAAGAGAUGGAGAAGAAUGUCCGCAGCAUCGUAAUGGACGGAUUGCUGUGGGGUGCUGCCAAGCUCGUACCGGUUGGCUACGGCAUUCACAAGCUGCAGAUCUGCUGCGUUAUCGAAGACGAUAAGGUUUCGGUGGACUUGCUGACGGAAACGAUUCAGGAGUUCGAGGACUUCGUUCAGUCGGUUGAUAUUGCCGCUUUCAACAAGAUCUAGACGAGUGAGCCGGAUCUAAAAGCCUGUUGCCACGGUUAUGUGUGUGUUUUAUCGUUUAAGCUUCAUCCGACAGCAUUCUCCAAGAACAACGCAUGUCGAAUAAAUGAAAACAUUUUUA